UACACAAAAAUUCUGUACAGAUUCAGGUUUUACGAACAUAAAACGUAGAUGAGAAGACGGAAAGUAUUGAUGGGCAACAAACAGACUCCGCCUACGGCCCCGCCCACUCCACUGUGAGCCUAGCGUUGUAAAAUCCGACCAUUGGUUAUUGCUGUAUCGCAUCACAGGGCCGCUCACCAACACCGCUUCUCAUUAGAAAUAAAUUCAGAUCUGGACAGAUAAUUUAAUUUCUUUUUCUUGUUUGACCUUCCAACGAAUUAUCCAGCAGAUUCAGAAAACGCAGAAAAGGAAUACUGGUGGAUGACCGGCUAUUUUCUCUGGAGUGCCUAUAAUCUUGCUCAUGGUGUAUCAGCAAACUGUCAUUUUCUUCCCAGCCGUGAUGUUGUGACACAUCGAGGUUUCGUGUGAAUGUGCAACAGGCUCCUGACGCAUAUUCAUGCGAUUUAUGGAGACGAUGAGGCACCAGAAGGAGGAUGUAUCCUAUUCUACAUUUUGUAUUGCUGAUGGUUACUAACGUUACAUAUCCAUUUAUUAACGGUUGAUCUGAAGGGUUGUUCACUUCUGACCAUGACACCAUCACACUGUGUUCUUCGAUCUAUAUAGCACUUUAGUUAUCCGAAGGUAUUUUAGUAGAGUGCUAGCACACGGGAAUUUAAAAUGGCAACUCAAUUAACGGGAAGGAAAAGAAUUCCUAACCGAGAGAAACUGUCUGCGGAGGAUGAUGCUCUGAGUCAAAUAGCCCGAGAGGCGGAGGCCAGGCUAGCAGCUAAACGGGCUGCCCGGGCAGAAGCUCGAGAAAUCCGUAUGAAGGAACUGGAGAGGCAACAAAAAGAGAUAUAUCAUGCACACAAGAAAUACUAUGGGCUGGACAACAAAUGGGGCCAUAUUGAACAGUGGAUGGAAGACAGUGAGCGGUAUUCUCGCCACACUCGGAGACACACUUCGAUAUCAGAUGAUGAGGAGCGCAUGUCUGUUGGCAGUCGAGGCAGUUUAAGGGGCAACCACACAGAUCUCUACAGCAGCACCAGCAGUCUGCCUUCAGCCAGACUACAAAAUGGACGGCCCUCUGCACUUUUUAGUGAAAAUCCCCGCUCAAGAAGUCACAGGGGCUCACUGUAUGAAGAGAGUUCAUAUUCUGGCUCUAGGCGUUUCAGUGGGUCCAGCACAAGAGUCCCUUCAGACUACAAUGGCUUUCUUGGCUCUGGUUCGAGGGCCUCAUCUAGGGCCAGUUCAGCUCGUGCCAGCCCUGUGGUGGAGGAAAGAUCAGACUUCCUGGAGAAGGGCUCCAGGACAGCUUCCACGCUUUCUGCUGCAACUCUAGCAUCUCUGGGUGGAGGGUCAUCACGAAGAGGAAGCUGUGAUACCUCGGUUUCUGCUGACACUGAGGCAUCCAUAAGAGAAAUGAAGGACUCCCUGGUGGAGGUGGAAGAGAAAUAUCGUAAGGCUAUGGUGUCCAAUGCUCACCUGGACAAUGAGAAGACCAACCUGAUGUAUCAGGUGGACACACUGAGAGAAACUCUGAUGGAGAUGGAGGAACUUUUGUGUGAGACACGCAGGGAGUGUGAAGAGAAAACCAGGGCGUAUGAGCGAGAACAUCAUGCUCACAGUGUCCUGAAAGUCCAAUUUGAGGAGAUGAAAGAAACACUAAAGCAGAGUGAAGAGCUAUUGACGGAAGCCCAACAGUCGCAUGGGAAGCAGAAGGAUUACAUUAGAGAGAUCUCUGACCUGCAAGAAACAUUGGAAUGGAAAGAUAAAAAGAUCCGGGCCUUAGAGAGACAGAAGGAGUAUUCAGAUAUUAUCCAUGACGAACGGGACACACUCAGGGAUGAGAUUUCCCGCCUUAGGGAUGCUCUAAAGAAACAUGGAAUAGUUCUGGGAUCUAAGGUGACGACCAACGGAGAAGUAGCAGACGGGUCGAUUGAUGGCCAUGUAAGUGCAGAACCAGCCUCCCGAAUGAUCCAAGAUGCUCACACGCCCACCAUAAGCGGAGAAGGCAUGUUAGGCAGAACUCCAGAACAUAACAACAUCCCUAAAACACAAACUGAGAUCGCUGGAAAUAUGUGGUGGACCACACAGGUGCUUGAGAAGAGUUCACCGAAUCAACAGAUGCAAGAUGGUGAAAGAAACAAGAAGGACAAUUCGUCAGAAGAGCGCAUUGACAUAGAUGAUCUUGGGCCCAGUGACAGUUUAAGAGAUGUCACGACUGAGGACAGUCGGACAGAAAACAGUGAACAAGAAAUAAAUCAUUCUUCUGAGAAUGAAGUCAGGAUGUUCAAGGCACAAGCUAUACGAGAAACACCUACAAAUGAAGCAAUUCGGACACAGAGGAAUCUUCUAAAUCCUAACAAAGAAAAUUUAAUGAAAUUUAAGUCAACACUGAAUGAAACACCCCCAGAUAAAUUAAAAACAGUAGUGGUUGGUAAAAGGUUAAAUGCAAAGGGGGGUUCUUACUCAAAAAUGUCUAAAAAGUCUACCGAGUGCCGAUUUAACUCUUCACAACCCCUAACAUGCACUCCAGUUAAUAAUUCUACAGUUAUGAGCAAAACAAGCACGUCAGAGAUUGAUUUAAGCACUAAAACUUCACAAAGUGUGCCACGGAAACCAUUAAAACAGUAUCAAAAAAUAUCUGUACAGUACAAUACAGAGACCAGGCGAGCAGAGAAUAGGAAACCCAUAGGAGUCACUGAUGCAAGCAAAAUCUCUCAGGAUCUAAUGUUUGAACCCAUAGCCUUUAAUGAAGAUGGUAUUUUUAAUAUGACAGGAGGCAAUAAUAUACAAGCCCGAAACCAGGAGACAGAUGUAGAAUCAGUGCUAGAUACAUUUAACAUGCCAGUAGAGUACAAGGGCGUUGCAUUUCUUCUGGAUAGUUGUGAAGAAGCUUUUGCAUUGGAUGUUGCUCUUUUAGCAUUAGAUGAAAUAGGUGUGCACUGCAGUACAACAGUCGGUGUGGGAGAACCUAUUGCAGAUAAGUCCCAGACAUUACUAAAGACCAAGAUGAAGUUAAAGAGGAUCUUCAGCUGCUGUGUGUCGUGAUUUUUUAAAGAGACUUGUGUUGAUUUGCUGAUGUUUAUUAUGUAUGACUUUAUAUUUUUUAUUUCCUGGUUGAAAAUCUGCAUUACUGGUGUAAUAUUACAUGGACAUGAAGAAGCUUUUAGUUUUUCUAAACAAAAUUUGGUAACACUACUUGAAGGGGUGUUCAUAAGACUGACAUGACACAUUUCAUGAACAUGAAGGAGAUUUUAUGCACGUAUAUGACUAUUGUCAU